UUACAUUGCUGUUAACACUCCUAUAUAUAGGUCCUCUCUUGCAUUUUAUCAUCUCAUCAAAAUUCAUUCUUUCAAACAAUUUUUCUCAUUUUCAAGCUUAUUUCAUUUUAAUUCUUUUAUUUUCGUAUUUUAAGUUCAUUCACACAAAUGGCCACCGAGGUUGCAGCAAGCACUACAUUUCCUGAGGCUCAGGCCCCUGUUGAGGUGAUCAAGACUGAGGCCCCAACCACAGAAACAGUGGAAGCCGUUGAAACUCCAGCAGCAGCAACAGAGGCUCCAGCUUCAGAGGAAGCACCAGUAGAAGUUGUUGCAGAAGCUGUUGAGGUAGCUGCUGAAACCCCAGCAGAAGCUGAGGCUCCAGCAGUAGAAGCUGAGCCAGAAAAGAAAGCCGAGGCAGAGGCAGUAGCAGAGGUAGAGGCAGUGGCAGAGCCAGCAGUAGAGAAGGAAGAGGAAGCUGCCCCACCUGCUGAAGAAGAGAAACCUGCAGUUGUUGAAGAGACCAGAGAAGUGGCCCCCACUGAAGCACCAGCUGAAGAGGCUACUAAGGCGGAAGAAGAGAAACCCGCUGAAGCACCAGCAGCUGCAGCUGCAGCAGAAGAGACUUCCACUGAGGUUCCAGUUGAGAAGUCUGAAGAGUAAAUUUGAUCAAAAGUGUCUUUGAAAAUUGAGAUGGUUUCUUUUUCUCUCAAUAUUUCUUAGGGUUGCAUUCUGGGGUUCAUCAGUUUUUUCUUUAUUCUAUUUACUUAAAAACAGUAUUAUCAUAGCUGCUCAUAUUAUUAUUUUUAUUUUUAUUAUUAUUAUUGGGGUCAAAGCUUUGCUUGGGAUUUUUUUGAACAUCAUUAUAUAUUUCAAAGCUUAUUGGGUUAUGAGGUACCCUUGCUUAUUGGGUUAUGUAGGGUACAACCCAGAGAGCGGGAAUUUGAGAGUGUGAUAUACUGUACUGGAUUUGGUUAUGGAAUAAUAAUGCUAUUAUAAUUUUGAGGUUA